AUGGCUUACCAAUUCGAAGGGCCAAGCAGUGUGCCUGCCAACUUUGGUUGGGCCGGACACCAAGACGGUCUGAACUUUGCGUCAGUGCCGUCGUCGCCGGACAUUGGCUUUGGAAUUCCUAACUUCAGAGAACAUCAAGCUCAGUAUCAGCUUCGCUCUGAUACUAUCCAGAAUGAGCAUGACGGAAAUCCGAGUGACGAGCAGUCAGAUUCUCGAAUCAACCUCGAACAUUACCACCCGCCAUCCAUCAAUAUGAUUCACUCAAUGACCACUGCGAAUUCUCCCCUAGUGGGUUCGGCUCCCACUGGGAGUCACAUUCAUGCCCGGGCGAUGCGUAAUUCGACUCUGGAAGAGUCUUGGGACUCCAGAAGUUGUUCGCUAGCUACCGGGAAUGCAAGCUCUUCUGAAGACACACGUCCAAUGACGAUUGGAUCUUCCCUAAUGGCACCUCCUCAUCGUUCUGAAACGCGGCCACGAAAUGGUAGCUCCAUCACAAUCGACACCGUGGGUCCCAAAUCCGAUGGGGAGCGCGGUGCAAAUCACUCCACCCCCUCAAUGUCAACAUAUACUCAAGUGGCAAAUUCCUGCACAGAAGGAAGAAUCCCAAUCAGGUCGCAAAAGUUGAAUGUCAACCCAUUGCUUCCACCACUCCAGCAGGUUCAUCAUUCGAAUGGAGCCAGCAUCAGACAUCAUCACACUUCCGCCGUCAGUUCAGCACGCCCUUUACCAAACAGAAUGACCUCGAUUGGGUCUAACGUGUCGACCGCUGAUAAUCAACAUGCCAAAUUGAGCUGGUAUCCCCUUUCAGACCAUGGUCCAUCCCCUUCUCCUCAAAGCUCUACCGGGUCAUCAUUUUCCACAUGUGCCUCGCCGUCCUCUCCUUACUCGUCUUCCUGGUUGGGUAUGAGAGACUCGCGUAACGGCAGUUUUAGUUCGCACAUGUCGUCCAGAUUACCAAUUGGUGUAGACAGUUGGCAUAUAGAUCUACUCUCCGAAAGCCCGACCAGCUCAUCUAUGACCGAAACCGCAUACACUCCCGAUCUCUGGAAGAUGUGUGAACUUGCCCAACAGGCUUCGGCGAGUACAGGGGAUACCCUGGAUCAAAUGAUUCAGAGGAUGCGCGAGAUGGGAUUAGAUGAAGACGAAAUCAGAAUGCGUUUGGGCGGCAAUUGGAAUGUGAAGGACCCUGAGGAUGAAGAGGAUGGUCACUCAGACCACACAGCAAACGAUGGAACUGAGCCGGCUAUCUCAGGGACAACCAGCCAACGUCAAGACAAGAAAGCCGAGAAAGGCGCGAGCGGACGAAAGAUUGAAAAUGACACAUCUACUAACUCCUCCACAGAUCCAAUGGGUUGCCCACUCACUGGCACAACAGACGAACGUAAAUCCCUUUCAUCAAAGACGUCUUCAUCCGCGAGAGAGCCUAGUAUUGAACGUGGCCGAAGAACACGCAAUACCAACCGGACGGUGUCCUACUUAGACUCUGCACUACAGGGUGACUCUGACGUUCCAGUUGAGAUGGAAUGGAGAGCACAUAGCCGUUCAAGAUCUCGCCCGCCAGAGACAACAAAUAUGGAUUGGCGACAAGCCUCAAGAUCACGCAGCAGGCGCCCAGCUCAAUUCUUUGAUGUUUCUCAACCUACACACGAAAAUGAGACGAUCAGGAGUGGAUUUUUCAACGCGCAUCUAUACAAGCAUGGAAAGGCUUCGUCUUUGGAAGGCGUUCGCGAAACCUCACCAGCUGGUAGUUCUCUGAAUUCGUCAAAUGACUUCUAUACGCUUUUCACAGAUUGCGAUUCGUCUCCCUCUAUGCUUGGUUCAGUAGAAGCUAGAAGCCAACAAGUAUCGGAGCACGAUGCUCCAGAAAUCAACCAGAGUAGUUACCACUAUCCUCAGGAUCUCCUCGACAAGUUGGUAGAUCAGGUCCACCAUGCUAAUGAUUCUUUGGUUGGCUCGAGUGGAUUUGACUUUCCAAACGGAUCGGGUCCGAUGAUUCCUCAUCAACAUCGAAUCUCACAACUUGAUUCUGGCAUAAUCGGACUUCCCACUACACCAUCAUAUAGUACAUUGCUUGGUUCAAUCCCAGGGCUCACAGAAGAUUUUGCUGAGGUAGCCAAUGCACAUGCCGAGUAUGGUUCGAUUCCGCGACUGGUACGAAAGACCAGUUUCGAUGAGACCUUGAUUCAACAUCGCGCCCUAUCCAAGCUCAAGCGACAAUCUUAUCUUGGUCCUCGAGGUACUCAUGAACAUCAAGGUGGCGCUACUCGUGGCCUUGAUGUAGGUGGCUCAGCCAUACCUGAUCUGAGUACCCCACACCCAAGGCCCAACACAACCACCGAUGGGAGUCGUCGUCAUCAUCACAUGGUCUUGCCUCCUCAGGAUACGAGCCGUCAAGAUAGCCCAGGCUACACGACUGAGAAUGCAUUGGCUUCAGACUUCAAUCCGGGUCCGAAUUCGAUCUCAAACAAUUUGGAAGAGUAUCUAUGUCAUUUGAACUCGGUUUCCGCUAACAGUGAUGGAGUUUCUUCCAGCCUGCCCGUUCCCACUAGCCUUUCUCUUGCAAAUGAAGGAGUGGGAUUCGACUACCUCACCCCCUCGGCCUUCCAGGCUCAAGCGUCUAAAACUGGCUCUGGCCUCUCUGCCACAAGCGAAGAGAACUUGAACGGAUCGACGCACAUCUCGAACAGUCCACUCCCUUCGACAUCCUUGACGAGUCAUACACAUUCUGGCCUUCUCAACCCCUCCUUCCGGGGAGCUUCUGUUUCAACGCUCAAUUCCCCAUUGUUGAUGAAUAGUUUGAGCGACUAUAACAUGCUGCUUCAGUUUAGCCAAUCCUUGGACGAUCAUGGAUCGAACACUAACUACGGUGGUCUUGACCAGUCUAACUGCGAAUCUCUCACCUUGCUUGAUCAAGCGUACCGAACUUCCGAGUCAGGCAUACACACUUCGGUUGGAAUUUCACCUCAGGCUCUGGUUGGUUUAUCGGAGAUUCAACCUUUGUUGACUCGAGAAUCCGCUCCCCCUGUCACUAUCAAUCCUGCUCAACUUCAUCCGACGCCCCUGCGCUAUUCACCAACUCAAUCUGGGAAUCCACAGACCAUUAAUCGAGGUGGCGUUCGGAGUUUGAUCUAUCCAGCCUCUGUGUAUGGCCUUGAUAGUAGUAGCAUUGUGAGUAGCGACUCGAGUGACAGUAGCCGUACUAGUAGUCUGUCAUCUUCUACCAUCACGGGUUAUCAGGCGCCCAUGGCACAACAGCAUUUGCACGCGUCGGCAAGAAGCUCCGAAAUCCCUUGCAAGUCAUCCUCGACAUCUUCCACCAUUCCAACAACAGGAAACGAAGCAUUUUCCACGUCUACUACCCGAUCGAUCGACAGCUCACCUGCCACUUCGAUCGCUGUUUCAUCUCCAGUCAGUUGGAACGAACAUGAUGUACCCGAAAGACAGAAGUUUAGUGGUGGUCGUUCAAGUCACACCAGCUCCAUUGGUCAAGCUCGCCAACGUUCCCAACAAAUACCAUACGGUCUGACCUUGAAUGGUACAGGUACCACGGGCAACGUGCAACUCAAAGCUGCCGAUGAGCUUGAAAGCGAAAAUUUGAAGCUUGUGACUGAAAACGGGACCGGCGUAGAAACUAGCUCCGUAUCCUACUCAUUGAAGCAAGACCCGGGCACAGAUGAGCAGAGAUCACUUGUGGGUCCCACAGAAGCUUCAAAGCCUCUGAAAAAUAGUCUAGGGAACGAGCGCCAGUCCAGCACUGCUGCUUCGCAGUGCCUCAACUGCGAAACCACGGUUAGUCAAAAGUUUUCUUCUUAUUUUCAUAUUUCUGGGUAA